AAGCUUUCGCAGACGAACCUGUUGGGAGUGUCGUGCGAAAGGUCCGCGGCGAAGUGUGGACAGGGUGGGAAUGCCGCCGUGGCUUUGCAUGGGCGCUCGACUUGAAUCGCUGGAGGAGGCAGUCGAUUGGUUGCUUUCGUAGUGCCUGGCUCGUAGUGCGACUACUCGUGAAAUUUCUCAGUCCAAUUUCAAAAUACUUGUCCGAUUGUAAAUAGAGUGUAUGGGAAUUGUGUGGCUUCAUCGCGAGACUGUUUUGUAAUUAUUGUAAAUAGCGCGAGUGUGGGCCUCUUCACAAUUUCUCGCCAGCUCCCAGUGCAGCUGGUAUGCAAUUGGAGGCAAAUUGGAAAUGUCAGCAGAGCCAAGUGAUGUGAACACCUCGAAAUAUCUCCACUUUUCCCACUGGCAAAUGUGCCCAAGAGGCCAAAUAGUGUCCAUUUGGGGUGGAAUUGAGUGAAUCUUGUGGUGCAAGAGUGUUUAGGUGGGGGCAAAAGGCAGAAUACUCGACGCCCAGAGAUCCCCAAGUGUCCCCCCGCGCGCGCGAUCGUGUUUUGCAUCCCACAGCCUGUGUGCACUCGCUUCUCCGCUUUUCGGGUACAGAAAUAGUUAAAUGAGUGAGACACGAAAAUAAAUAGACACACAGUGCAGUCCUCCAGGCCCGCCUCCGUGUCACACGCCCGAGCCCCUCCAGAUGCCGUGUGGCGAGCCCCAGUGAGGCUCUGAGCGUCCCGCGGGAAGGAUCCAGCAUCCCGCGAUCAUGAGUCGCAGUGAGUGCAGGAAAUUCUCGGCCAACAUCUUCAACGUGAGCAAGUGCAGCCACUGCUUCCGCCAACGAGAGGAGCACAGUCUGGCAGCAUUGGAAUGUAAUCGCUCUACGAGGAAAGUCACGAAAUGCGGCUAUUUGUUUGUUGCACCUGACUGGGAUUUUAUCACAAACCCACUGUACAGAACGAAGAGGUGGCAGCGUAGAUGGUUUGUGCUGUACGACGAUGGGGAUUUAACAUAUUCCGUCGAUGAACAUCCGGAAACCAUUCCUCAGGCGUGCGUCGACAUGUCGACGGUGGUGGAGGUUACGUGGGCGGAAGAGAUCACCGGGCAUCUGUUCUCCCUGGCCAUCCGGUGUCCCGACAAGGUGACCUUCGUGAAGGGGACGUGCUCGGAGGAGUCAAACUGGUGGUUCAAUGUCUUGGCGGCAUUUCCCAAGAUUAAGGUGCGCACCAAGAGGACCACCAAGUUAUCAGGCGGCGGAAUGUACGGCAAUCAAGAUAAGGCUCGCUUCUCACUGCCGGACGUGGAGAAUCAACGGGAGGAGAAAGCGCCUAGCUUGGGAAGUAACAGCAUUGAGGAGUACUUCAGCAAGUCCUCCAGUCGUCCCACAUCGCUGCCCAUAUCAUCCAACGCUCCGGCAAUAGUGUCGGCGAUUGUGAAGGGCAGCGGUCAGGGUGUGGAUAUGAUAGAUAAGCCCAGAAGGACGUCCAAUCAUGAGCGCGGUGAUCCCGAUGGGUGUAAUCUGGACUCGGAGACCACGGCCAAUUUCAUGUCGGAGAGUCUGAUGCACGACAAGAAAGGGUGGCUCAUGAAGCUGGACAAUAAGAGUCGAGAGUGGACUAAACACUGGUUCACUCUUCGCGGAGCUGCACUCUUCUUCCAUCGUGAUCCCAAUGCAGAAGCCAAGGGCGUUCUGGACGGUGUGAUCGAUGUCAAUAGUCUCACGGAAGUGAUUCCUGUGUCUGUGUCCAGAAACUACGCCUUCCAGCUCACCACGUGGGAGAAGAACCAGAUCACGUUGUCUGCUAUGGCGGAUAGUGUGAGGAAUGACUGGAUUAAAUUACUGCGAAUGGUGGCAGGCAUCACGAGCAAAGCGACUGAGAAACCCACCACAAGAAACACCUAUGAAUUGAUUGAGAAUACGAGUCUGGAGAAGGACAUUUUGUUGACUAACAAGAGCGAUGAUCUCAAGAGUGAAAUUGAGAAGGAUCUCAUGAAGACUCAACAGCGAUAUAAAGACAAAAAUCGCAUCUUUGCGCUCAACAAGAACCUCCUGCAAACAUUUAAGGGUCAGGCGACUAGCAAAUCUUCGGGAAGUCCAUCCAAGAUCAACUAUUCGUCUGACGAGGAGUACGGAACAGCUUCAGAGGGUCGUCAUCCAGACAGUUUUGGCUUUGUGUCUCCCAUGUCACCGUCAUCGCCGGUGAUUGAAACCAAAGAGCGCACGAAUUCGCGGUCCAGUUCGCGGGCGGGGCGCUUCAACAAGCGGAGUCUCUCGUCCCCACCCAGCUCGAGGCGAAGCACGAUGGACAGUAUCAGGUUCGAUGAUGCCAUUAUCAGUAGUUCUGUGGAUGAUGACAUGGAGAUUAGCAGUAUUUUGCGGAGUCGACUUGUGACUGUGGAGAAGGAUCUCUGGAUGAUGCGCGAGGAGGCGGAAGAGCGUGAAACGAGGAUGACAGAGUUGCUGAGGACGCUGGACAAGACGGAAUCUGAGCUGUCGACACGAAUAAAGGAGGCUGAAGAUGCUCGAGAUAGUCUGGCUGUUGAACUGAAGGAGAAAACGAUACAAGCUGACGCGUUGUUUGAACAACAAAAGGGUGAGAUUGAGAACUACAAACAGAUGAUUAAUGUUCUGGAGGAUCGACUGAGCCGAGGCAUCGAGGAGAAUGAUAAUCUCUACAAGAAACUGCAGGAUAUUGAGAAUUCUGGAGCGUCGAGUUUGUGCAGUCUCAAUAGGUAUAAGAUGAAGCGCGUGGACUCUCUGAGUGAUCUCACGAAUCUCAAUGAAAUUGAUCCCUACGCCGUGGAGAGGGACACUCUCGCGGAUGAGUACAGAGAGCUGAAGCAGCGCUUUGAGAAAGCCGUCAAUGAAAUCAGGCUAAUGAAGAGGGAGCUGAAGGAGUCUCAAAAUCAAUUUGACUCCUUGGAGAUCAGCUACGCCACUCUUCAGAAUGACAUUGAGCAGGUGAAGAGGGACAAACAUUCUCAGCUCACAAUGAUGGCAGCUCGGAUUCAGGAUCUCACGUUCAAGUACCUUUCGGCUGAUCGUCAGAACCGCGUGCUGAAGCAAAAGAUUGCCAAGACGGAGAAACGUCGGUCGUUGUCGCUGAAGGGCAAAGAAGCAUUCUCGAUUCCUAAGGAGUUUGAGGAGAAGUUGACAGAGUUGGAGAUGAAGAUUGAUAAGAUAGAAGUGGGAGAAGCAAGUGUGCAGGAGCCCAAAGGUCGAAGUGUUGUAAAGAUGAGGAGAAAGAGUCUCGAUGAUGAUGUGAAUUCUGUGAAGCCUGUAGAACAGAUUCUCCGAUUGAAUUCAUUGGAGAGGCGAGUGAAUAAUCUCCGGGGUAAACCUAAGGACACUUCUAUGGCUAGGAAUAAUAGAAAACUGUCUGAACACUCUGUAGAUCGCCUCAAGUGGCUUGAAGAGACUGUUGUCUUGGCUCUGUCUCACGUGGAACAGAGUUUGAAACUUCUGCAAGAUUCCCCGGAAACAUACUUUAAAAGGAGUAUGGAGAAAUCCCUCCAGGACACUCUGGAUGUGCUGAGGAGCGCUUGUGAAAAUUGCCUGGGCGACUCCAAUUCUUCGUGGGAGGGCGAAAGGAUGAAGAAGUUGGUGGAGGAUAUGGAAAUGGAAUUGCGUGGGAAGCUCUCGCAACUCCUCAGCCAGAGGCAACAUCUCAGGGCGAACAGCCAACUGACGCAUGAAGAAAACAUGAAACUCCUAGCGGAGCGUGUUGCAUUCGAGAGUGUACUCUUUGGCAAGCUGCACAAUGCCAUCAGUCGAGCAGAAACUCCCUCCAGCUGCGACGAACACCUCAUCUAUGCAGAGGUUGUGGAGACCGUUAGACUGAUGGCGGCUCUCAGGAAGAAGCUGGACGGGGAAACGUCUGUGGCGUCGCUGGGCGAUUGCUGUACAGAUGUUCUCACCAAUGUUCUCUGUCGUCGGCUUCUGCUCACGGGCAGUCGCUGUGGGAAUGAUGGUGAGUGCGCGGUGAGGAUCACUCUGCCUGGUGCCGUGAUUGAGGAUCUCAGGAGGCAGAGAGGAGAUCUCCAGGGGGUUUUAGGGGAUUUCCGGCUGCAGGCCAUGGAAAAAUUGGCUGUUGGCCUGGCCGUGGAGACACUGAACAGUAUUUCCAGCAACAAGGCUAUUAAUGAGGCCAGCCAAGAGGCUUGGCAACACGCCCAAAUGAUCGUCAAUAGCGAAUUAAUUCGGGCGGAGGUUUCCCAGGUGUUUAGGAAUUGCGUGAAACAGUAUCGGCAGAUGAUGACACCUGCCAGGAGUCUUACCAUCGCUCUCUCGGACGUGAAGUGCUUCGAGCACUUUGCCGACACCGUGGGUGUCUUUCUCAGGGGAGAAGUGGAUUCGACUCUGACGGAAUUGAUGGCAAAGCACGAGGAGGCUCUCGAAAGAAUGCAAAAAGGGGAGCUGGAGAGAAAAUCUCCAUCCCCAGAUGGCCGAAAGCUGCUUUUCCAGUUGGCAGACAUUUGUGCCCAUCGAGCGAUCAUCGAUGCCAGGAUAAGUGUGCUUAGUGGGGAAUUUACUGAGCCUCCAAGUGAUGACAUGAUUCCCACGAAAGACACUCUGACACCCUUAAAAUCUGUGGAUGUGGCCAAGUAUGAGGAUCUGUUCUGUCAACUCGCCGAAGGUUUGAAAUUCAAUGUCACUGAUCUCGCUCUGGAGGCUGACUGGAAGUUCCUUGGCAGACAUCAGCGGCAGGCUGAGGAAGUUCCGCCGAGACACGCAUCAACAAUGACUGAGGUGGAGGUGAAGAGUGUCUCGACGGAGUCUGAUCCGCUAGCGUGCGUGGAGUGCGAGGAGACGCGAGAGAAGCUGAGCAGCUUGGGAAAGCAGCACGAGGACAGUAUCAAUGAUAUAUGCCAAAGCUACAGCUACACUGUGGAAGUGCUGAAGCAGAAGCUGGAGGAUGAGCAGCAGCUGAAUGAGAAUUACAGGAGUGAGAAUAUGAAAAUCAUUCAGCAGUUGAAUGAGCUGAAUUGCAAGCGAGAGGCCAGGAAGUCGGAGCUGAUGGAGAUGACGGAGAAGCUAAAUGACAUCAGUCACACGUACAGAGCGAAGAAGGUAGACUGCCCGCAUGCGAGUGAUGUGGUGGACAGCCGGAGUCCGCAGGAGGAGUAUGAGAGUGAGAAGAGUCACCUGUUCCAGCUGGAGAAGCAUCUCAAGGUGGUCAAUGAGGGUGAGGAGGAGGACAGUCUGAGGAAGCGCUACCAGUCGGAGAUUGAGCAGUUGAGAGCGCUGUGCGAGAAGGGUCUGGUGGCCAUGGAGUCCUCCCACAGGCGGAUCAUCAGUGAGCUGGAGAAGAAACACCAACAAGAGCUGCAGCAAGUGCUUUGCGAGAAGGAACAGGCGCUGGCUGAGGAGACACAGGCAACAUUGGCCGCUCUGGAUGCGAUGCGCAAGGCACAUCAGAGUGAGGUGCAGCGGGAAAUUGCCCGAUUCAAGCAGGACUUCAUGAAGCAAUUCCAGAAGGGUGGCUACAAUUCCAUGGCGAUGGAGCACAAGGAAAAAGAGCAGGAACUUGAGGAGGUGCGACAAGAGAUUCUGUCGCUCUCGGAAAAAUUCUCAAUGAAGUGCGUGGAAACGGCAUCACUGGAGGAAAAAAUCCAACAUUUAACACGACAGUUGCUCGCCUCCCAGCAGCAAGUUCAACAACUCAAAUCGAGGGAUUGCCAAAUGGAAUCUCACUUGCUUUCAAUGAAAGAUGAAAGGAAACUUGAGGAGUCCAAAAAUCAUGAAGGUGAAAGCGCAGUACCGAAUUAUGCUAAACAGACAGGUGUUAAUGAGAACACGGUAAUGCAAAAAGCAAAAGAAACACAUCCCAGAUUGAAGUUGAAUGAAGGCAUAAAGCUGUCUCCAAUGAUUGGGCACGGAUCAUCGGCGACACUGAUACCGCUGGAGAGGAUGAAGACAAAGGUGAUUUCCACGAGCAACCUGAGCCUUCGACUGAGCCGGAAUCUCAGAGAUUUAUCGUCAAAAUACAAGGGUGAGGUGGACGACGGCCGAAGGGCGACCGGAGCAACGGGCUCCGGGGCAAAUCCUCUCUGUUCGCCUCCUCCCUUAAAUGAGAGGGACGCUGAACAUGUCCUGAGGAGAUUUGAAUUAGAAAUCUAGCAGUAUCUCCCACAUGCAAUUCACAUCUCUAACUCAAACUUAUCCCUCCCGCUAAAAAGAAGGUGCUAUGAAAGGUUUUUUUUUCUUUCCCCGAGACAAUACAAUUGUGGCCAAAACUACCUGUUUUUAUUAACUAAUAAUUACUACGAAAAGCAAAAGAAAAACCAGCUAUUAAUAAGUCAAUCGGCAUUGUACAUUUGUCAUCUUUCACAAAAUGAUUAUAAGAGACAUAAAAAAUCCUCACUGUAUUUAUUUUAAUAUUGCAAAUCAAACUAGCCUUACUACAGUAAUUUAAUUGUACACUUCUACAUAAGCCUAAACCCCAGUGUUAUUGUUAAGGGAUGGUUUUUAUUUGACAUUUACAUAUAAAACGAAAACAUUUGUAUAAAAUCAUUUACUUAGUCGUUCCUUUUUGUAAUAAAAACGUUUUUCUCUUGAAUUGAA